AUACAAAUAUUAACAGAUAUGCCACAGAAAUUAGUUUUAUCUUAAACUUUAAAAAAUAAAUAAAAUAAAAUAAUGUUUAAAUUUCCACGCCUGGCAGUGAGGAUCCUUGAUUUGGGCCAUUCAUUUCUGGAUGCCAGUAAUAAUGUGUGUCUGUUCUUUCUAUUGCAGAGCGCAAUGCUGGAAGUGUGUGUUGACAGUGUGGAGUCUGCUCUGAAUGCUUACAAUGGGGGAGCGUCUCGUCUGGAGUUGUGUGCAGCUUUGAGUGAAGGUGGGCUCACCCCCUCUCCAGGAAUGCUCCAGAUUGUUAAAUCUCUUGUAACAAUACCAGUAUUUGUAAUGUUGCGUCCUCGUGGGGGUGAAGAUUUUGUGUAUUCAUGUUAUGAAGUUGAGGUUAUGAAACAUGAUGCUAGCAUAUUAAAGAACUUGGGUGCGGAUGGAUUUGUGUUUGGAGCUCUGACUCCAUCUGGUGAGAUAGACAAGAAUGUCUGCAAGGAAAUCAUGGAUGUAGUGUCGCCUCUGCCAGCCACAUUCCAUCGAGCAUUUGAUGUGUGUCAUAAUAUCCGCAUGGCUCUACCAGCUGUCAUAGAGGCUGGAUUUUCCCGUCUUCUGACCAGCGGACAGGAGUUAACAGCACGUGAAGGAAUUCCUGUUAUAAAGAAAUUAGUUUUGGAUGCAAAUGGACGAAUUAUUAUCAUGCCUGGUGCAGGAAUCACAAAAGUGAACAUUGGGGAAAUUCUUCGACAGACAGGAGCACGAGAAUUUCAUGCAUCAGCUAAGGUUUUGAAGAAAUGUAGUGGUCCACCCAGCAAGUGCACCCUGGGGUCCAGGAGUCAGCAGAAUGUGCUUGUGACAUCAGAAGGGCUGGUUAGGGAAAUGGUGACAGUUGCUGCUGAAAUUGUGAGAACCAGCAAGUGGGAAAUCAGCGUGUGAGUCACUGGGGCAUGCUGUAUUUCAGUCGCU